ACCGACGACCAAUACUUCAGGAAUGGAGUUUGAGGUGUUCCUGAGUUUUAGAGGACCGGAUACUCGGGAUAACGUCACUAGUUGUCUCCAUAGUGAAAUGGUGGAGAAAGGAAUUCACGUGUUCAAAGACAAUGAAGAGCUCCGAGUAGGUCCGGAGAUUGGUGGAAACCUUUUGCGAGCCCUUGACAACACUCAAAUCUAUAUCCCCAUCUUCUCUAAGGGCUUCGCUUCUAGUCCAUGGUGUCUCUGUGAGGUUGUGUAUAUAGUAGAUUGCACUUCAAAGUCCGACGGGAAGAAAGAGAUCCUCCCCAUUUUCUUUGACGUGGAGCCGGAUGAUGUGAAGCUCAAAACCGAAUUGUACAGAAACGCCCUGUCUAAGCAUGAGGAGAGGUAUGACUGCAAUGAGGUCAAGCGUUGGGAAGCUGCUCUUGUGGAGGUUCCAACUAGAGUAGGCUGGAAGCUGGCAAGGAAAAGGGUACGGGGAACUUAUAAAAUUGAUUGUGCGAGAGCUUCUACUUAAGCUGAAGGGGAAGAACGGAUCUCUUCUUGAUCAUCUAGUUGAAACAGAUGAUUUAAAACAUAUAGAGAAAAUGUUGGAUGUUGACUCUAACGACCAUGUACGAUUCCUUGUAAUUCAUAGAAUGGGUGGUACUGGUAAAUCAACUCUUGCUAUCGUAAUCUUCAACCGAUUCCGGUCUAAAUUCAAUUUCAGUAGUUUCCUUGAUGAUGUCCCACGACAAGGUCUUUUAGACGUGCAAAAGAAAUUGUUAUUCGACACAUUGGGCUCAACUUUUGCUGAAGGAAUCCGUGACCCCAACGACAGGAUCAAUCACAUAAGAAGAGGACUUGGCAGCAAGAAAGUUCUACUUGUUAUCGAUAAUGUGGACGAGUAGAGGCAACUUAAGUAUCUUGCAGGGAGAUAUGAUUGGUUUGGUUCUGGAAGUAGGAUCAUUAUUACAGUCAGGACAAAAGCAUAAUACUGGAUAAG